AGAGGCUCGGAGCGCCGAGUAGAGGCUCGGAGCGCCGAGUAGAGGCUCGGAGCGCAGAGUAGAGGCUCGGAGCGCAGAGUAGAGGCUCGGAGCACAGAGUAGAGGCUCGGAGCACAGAGUAGAGGCUCGGAGAACAGAGUAGAGGCUCGGAGCACAGAGUAGAGGCUCGGAGCACCGAGUAGAGGCUCGGAGCACAGAGUAGAGGGGGAAUGCAAAGUGAAAGCCAUCUCUCUCCUCAGUUGCUCCCUCCCUCCCUCUCCCUCCGUCUCGUCCUGUGAGCCGUGAAGCUCUGAGAGCAGCGAUCGAAAGAGACGCUCGGAUAUGGGUGGAAAAGAAAGGGGGAAUGGAAACAUGCAGGUUGCGAGAGAGAGCGAGAGCUUAUCAGUUAAACAGGGGGUGAGCGCUAGGAAGAGACCGUUUUCUGGGGAUACGUUUUCAUCGCUGCUUCCUCCUCCUCCUCCUCCUCUUCCUCCAGGCAUGCUCGUUCAUCCCUCUCUCCUCUCCGCCUCCUCAUCCUGAAUGAAGCCGUUUGUCUCCACAUGGCUACGACCAGCACUGCCAGUAACUCAAACAAGAGCACCCCCGCCUGCUCGCCUGUGCUGCGGAAACGCUCGCGCUCGCCCACCCCUCACAGCCCGGAGGGAGAGAACAUGGUGGAGAAAGGAUCAGAUCACUCCUCCGACAAAUCCCCCUCCACGCCUGAGACGGCCGUCCAGAGAACGUACUCCCUGCAGUCAGCGAGGAGCGGCGGGAAGAACUCAAAGUCUCACAAGCGACUUUCCAAA